GUUUAAAAUAACGGUUAAAGGCAAGCCCAGUUGUCUGCGCGGUGCUGCGUGCUUACUAGCGGGCAGUGUGGCGACAUUACGUGCCAGCGACGGAGUGUUAAGGAUUUUUGUCGAGAACAAGCACUUGCAUCUACAUCGAAAUGGCCGAUCAGCUUACAGAAGAGCAGAUUGCUGAAUUCAAGGAGGCAUUUUCACUUUUUGACAAGGAUGGAGAUGGCACCAUCACCACCAAGGAGCUGGGCACGGUCAUGCGCUCGCUUGGUCAGAACCCCACAGAGGCUGAGUUGCAGGACAUGAUAAAUGAAGUAGACGCCGAUGGCAACGGUACGAUAGAUUUCCCAGAAUUUCUGACCAUGAUGGCCAGGAAAAUGAAGGAUACAGACAGUGAGGAGGAGAUCAGAGAAGCUUUCCGUGUGUUUGACAAGGAUGGCAAUGGCUAUAUCAGUGCUGCUGAGCUGCGUCAUGUGAUGACAAACCUGGGAGAGAAGCUGACUGAUGAAGAAGUAGAUGAGAUGAUCAGAGAAGCAGAUAUUGAUGGAGAUGGACAGGUCAACUAUGAAGAGUUUGUACAAAUGAUGACGGCGAAGUGAAGGCCUUGUACAGAUUUCGUAUAUAAAUAAUUUGCCUUUUUUCUUUGUGUAAUUUAUCUGUAAAAUCUUAUUAACCCCCUUCGUCCUUGCCCCUACUGCUGUCCAAAGGAACUGCAUGUAAACUGCAUAGGCUCUUGUCCCCAUGUCCCUUUCUUUUGCUGUCAUGGUGUUCGAGUGACGAAUGGUCAUACAACCAGAUGCCUGUGGAGGCCCCUGGGAGCCGGAGUACUGAAUCUUCCAGUGUUGUGCUCGGGGCCCUCCUUGGCAAGGUGACAUUGGAAACCUGUCAGCUGGUUGUCACUUGGCAACACUGUUGGCAUGGAAACAAUGUAGAGGAGUUAAAACUCUGCAUGGACUAUGGACAAAGUAUAUAUGGGAAAUCUCUCAGCAUUGCACUACUGCAAAAAAAACGACACGGGUGUAUCUCCUAGGUACUCGUACAAACUCUUUUUGUAUCAGCUGUUCUGUAUACCAGAAAAUGACUAAUCUUACCAUGCUUUUUAAUGUUUUAUCACAAUUUUUUUAUGGCCUCUGGCCAUGCCUCAAAUAAUCCAUUCCAAGUUGUAUAUUUUUUGUUUUCCAAUAAAAUUUACAAUACACGGAUUCGGAAAUUUGUCUUGUUUUUCAGUUCUAAUUGGUCUUUGAGUUUGUAUACCCUGUAAUUACUAUUUUUGUAUUGAGGGCAGGGUGCUGUUUUUUUAUUUUUUAGAAAAUAUUGUCCUAUUUGCCUUGUUACUUACAUAUUUGAAAUAAAGUUUCCCUUAUUUGCCCAAAGCACUGAGGAGCAUCAGCCAAUGCCUCUUAAUGUUAAGAUAUGCUCAGACAUUUGUUUUCUGGUGUUAACAUAAAAGUAACGAGUGGAAUGAAAAGCUUCUGUUCUGGAAGUGUGAAUGUACUACAGUACCCAACAUUUAAUAGUAUGUGUGGUCUGACUGCGCAGGCUGGGUGUUGCCUCAUGUCUUCAAUAUAGUCACUUGGUGCAAGUGAUGGAGCAGAAACUGGUGUAAAUAAGUUAACCUGUUUCUUUUUAUUUAAAAAUAAAUUCUGGUUUGUUACAGUAGCUUGCAAAGAUUUGUUUGAUUUGACAAAAUAAAGCACUACUGUGGACCUCU